UGUUUGAUUUGUGUCUCAUUCAGGAAGAGGAGGAUAUCGUGCAGACCAGAACAGAUUGCCUUAGAGAGAAGUUAAGUGAAAGCUUUCGGGGAACACAGUGUUAAGAGUUCUAGCGGAAAUCUACGCCGGCUUUAGCUGAAACAGAAAUGCCGCUAGUUGAAAAUUUAUAUUGAGCUGUCUUGAUCCUUUGACGUCGUACGGAGAUCGAGUCACUCGAGCUAAGCAUUACGUAAAUUAGGGGAAAUACGAGCGCAAGUUGAUGACUUCUUUGCUAUCCUUUGCUUUCAUCGAUCUUUUAAUAACACCAAGCGGAUAUUCUCGAAAUCCCUGGCAUUUCUCUGUACUUGACGCCUCGGUAUAAAUUGUCGUCAUACACGAAAUGGCAAGUCACAACAACAUGGUCACUAACAAGCAAGCCAUGAGAAAAGGCAUCGUUCAAAAAAAGAGCACUGUACUUAAACAGUGGAGGCAAAGAUUUUUAGUCCUUAAUCCAGAGACUUUAUGUUUCUUCAAGAAAGAAGGACACGAAACAAAAGGAAAAACAGCAAAGGAGAGAAUAUUUCUGAUGGACAUAAUUUCGUUGGACAAGACCUCCACGAAGAAGAAGAAGUUUUGUCUGACACUAGUUGCUGAUGGUCGAACUUUUGUUUUCAAUUGCGCUUCAGAGGUUGAUCGUGAGCUUUGGAUCAGAGCCAUAAAGAAUGCACAACACAAAGACCAACAUCUUGAGGAAAAUGACCCUAUUCGUAGAAAAAGCAUGAAGCUAACAGGCGGGCUGAAACGGAUAACCAUAGAAAGGAAACAGGGUUCAGGACUCGGUUGCACCAUCAAAAGUGUUGGGGGAAUUAUAUUUGUAAACCGUAUUUUAGAGCACGGAACAGUUUCUUCUAGUGGAGCCUUAAGACCUGGUGAUCAAAUUCUAGAUGUAAAUGGAAUUGAACUGGCCGGUCGCAGUGUCGCAGAGAUCAGCGAAAUCAUCCGUUCUUGCCCUGAAAUUGUCGUAUGUACUGUCAAACCCGUCACGGACUUUCGCGUGGUCGACGCGCGCGGACAAUCUGAAAAACGCGCGGAUUACGCAGAACUUGACCUAUCUUCUCUAAAGCCUCGCCUAGACGAGAGCUCCUCGGGAAGCGAAGAAUCUCUCUCUGAUGCCAGUCAUCCCAGAACCGAAAGUGGAGAAAGCGAAAAGGUAGAAGACAACGGAUCGYCCCAAGAAACGAAAAUCGAAAAACACACUGAACAACAAUGCUACGAAGAACCAAAGUACGAUGACGUCAUUCCUAAGAAUUUACAACAAAGAAGACACUCCCUACCCUCCCAAGGAGCAAAUCCUGAAAMCAAAGAGGGGAAGGGUGAGGAAAGUAACUUGCAGUAUGCGGAACUUGGUUUCCCGGCUUACGACCGKCCGCGUUUGAAGAGUGAUACGCCAACAAARCCCARAGCACAGGAUCAUUAUAAGAAGCCAGUGAAGCCAAUACAGGCUUAUGCCUACAUUGAACUUGAUUUUAACGAUAAAGCUCUACAAGAACCRGARUAUCUACGCAACCAGCAUUUGAAUGACGAAAAUAGAAAGAGUUGAGAAUGACGCACACAAAASUUUAGUGAUAUAUAUGCAAUACCGUUUGUAGGACAUUGUCAGUUCCAUAGCUUUUAUACACUCAAAAUCAUCUAAUCUACAUAAGCAGAGUUGAGAAUCAUGCACACAAAAAAACUUUGUGAAAACUGWUUUUCAGUACACGUAAUUGUCUACGCGCAUCCUUAUACAAAAUUUGCAAAAUUUUGUAGAUUUUUAAAAGCAAUCCUCUUAGACCUUUUUUGAAAUACAAGAUCAUAGUGCAUUGUGGUCUAGCUUCAGCACAAACUGAACAAAAGAUGUUUUUACUGAACCGACCACAAUGCAAUGCAAAUUGCUACUUCAGAAAAGRCCUAUAAGAGUCAACCUCUUACACUGAGUGCCGGGGUUGUUCAAGCUCGAUUACUCUAAUCCUGUGUUAAAUCUUAAAAACACCUAUGGAGGUAACCCUGGAUUAUAGCUAGUCGGGCUUCGAACUACCCGGUCCUUCUCCCUUCAAACUGACUAUAGCUAUACGAUUUUUUAGAUACCGUGAAAAAUGGCCGUAUUAACUGGAUGCUGUUUUAAGCGGGUGGCCGUAAAGGCGGGGUUCGACUGAAGUAAAUAGCAGAGUUGGUAGCUCUCUGUGGACAAAAUGCGUUYAAACUGAUUUAAAUGAUUUGCAAAAACAUAGCAAAAAAAUCCUCACGCUUUCAGUCACAUACCAUACAAUGAACACACCCAGACAAAUGCAGUCUAACAUUCCUUAUMAGUGUGAACGCUGCUGGAGAUAAUGAUUGAUCCAAUAUUUGUGUAUCAAAUGAGUAAAAAUCAUUGUGUGAAAAAUGCACGAGAGAAUUAAUGAAUAAAACUGGCUAAAUGUA